AUUAUCCUCGAGAUCGAUAUGUCUUUUAAACCGUACACAUCAACAAGAAACAACAUUUAGGUUCUUGUGACAAUUUCAUUACCAAUUGAUGUAAUCAGAAAUAAGUCAUCUUGUAUUGAUAAUGCUAAUGAAACGAUGUUAGAAUUGUUAUUAUAAAAGAGGAGGCCAAAAAGUAGUUUAUUCGGCACCUUGAAGAAAAUACAAAAGAUCGAUAAAGGAAGUUCAAGUUAGAUCGAGAUAGAACGACGAACCCCGAAGAAUCGAGGGUGCUUCGAACGAUCAUGAAGUAACUGACUCCGCCCCUGUUUCACCGUUGUCAGGACGAUCGACGGGGUAGCUUCCCCGGAAUUUCUCUUCGUCGAGGGCAAAGUUCCUGGUCACAGUUCGCGCGUUACAUUCGGCCAAAUGGCUACAACUGAAGAUCUCCGAGCGAAGAUCGAAUAAUAAAGACUUAAAAAUAAUGAAUCACACCAGUUCGGGGUACACGCUCGAUAAGAGAAUCUUAUGGAUCACAAGUUCGAGACGAGAGAAAGUUGAAAAACAUCUUGAGAAAGAAACUGUGAAAUUCGAUAAUCAUGAGAUCGACAACGAAGAGGAUGAGGGUGAAACGGAAGGGAGAUAACGAAAAAUGGCUGAUCUUUUAACUGGUAGCAGGGUCAAAGAACUACAAGCCAUGCUAUUUCCGGUGCAACCAAUUUCUGGUAAGUAUAUCUUUUCUAUUAAAGAUUUUUAUGCAAGAUUAAGUUAUCAGAAAAUUUCUUAUUUUUAUUUACGAGGGGGUGCGCUAGCAAAUUUUAGCAAACUUCAGGAAGUGCAAUUACUACAAUUAGGACGUUACGAUGUACCCCGAAGAGAAACAGAACUAUCAUUGUUCUCGGUACCAUUCGGUACUAGAGAAGAUCAAUCAAAAGAGACGCUUCGAAACGUGUUGGAUUCGCGUUGCAUGAUAGAUGGAAUUACUCAGGAAGCUGCGAGGUGGCCGACGGAAUGCCAAGUACUUCCAGAAAGGGUGAGACACAUAGAAUACACUCGAAACAUUCCAGAGCCGUUUUACACGGCAACUGGCAAGGAACCACGACCAAAACCAUUAGGGGACGAAUUUGGAACCGUAGUAUUUCGUUAUCACCCCACAAGCAUCACCAACUACUUCAGCAGAUCAUGCGUAGGAGGAAGCACAGUUUUACCAUUUCCAUCAGAAUUUUCCACAGACUCCAGUGGAUACGAAUCAAAGGAAACUGACAAUAAUAACUUGUUCUUCGUAGCCAGAUCUGAUACAACAGACAGCAGCAGUGACCUGCAUUUUGAAUCACGUUUCGAAUCUGGAAACCUCUGUAAAGUAGUCAAAAUCACUGAUACGUAUUAUCAGCUGUAUCUGAGGAAGGAUCUUUAUACUCAGAGGCAUACACAGUGGUAUUACUUUAGAAUAUCUAAUACAAGGAGUAGAACCACUUACAGAUUAUCUAUUGUGAAUCUUUGUAAAGAAGAAAGUUUAUACAACGAAGGUCUGCGACCAUUAUUGUACUCGACAGAAGAUGCCAAGCAACGUGCCGUUGGGUGGAGAAGAUGCGGUGACAAUAUUGCCUACUACAGAAACGAUUCAUCAAGCGACGAAGAGAAAGAAAAACAUACGUUGACAUUCAAUGUUUCUUUCCCUCAUGAUAGAGACACAGUCUACUUGGCACAUUGUUAUCCUUACACCUAUACUGAUUUACAGGAGUACCUCGCCAAACUUGUCGCUGAUCCAGUGAAAACAAGAUUCACAAAACUGCGAUUGUUAUGUCGGACGAUAGCUGGAAACGGAGUCUACUAUUUAACAAUCACUGCCCCUACUUACGACGAAGAGAUGCGAAGGAAAAGAGGUAUUGUGAUCACCGCAAGAGUUCACCCCGGUGAAACACCGUCCAGUUGGACGAUGAAAGGAAUCAUUGACUUCUUAACUGGGGAAUCGGAUCAAGCAAAAGUGCUCCGAGAGAAAUUCGUGUUCAAGCUGGUGCCAAUGUUGAACCCAGACGGCGUAAUCGUAGGCAACAAUCGGUGCUCGUUAUCAGGAAAGGACCUUAACAGACAAUACAGAACAGUGAUGAGGGAGAGCUAUCCUUCGGUCUGGCAUACGAAAUUAAUGAUUCGAAGACUACUCGAGGAAUGUGGGGUAGCCAUAUACUGCGAUUUACACGCUCACUCGAGAAAGCAUAAUAUAUUCGUUUAUGGUUGCCAGAGCAAAAGGACCAAUUCGCAAACGAGGCUCUCCGAGCAGGUUUUCCCUCUGAUGCUUCAUAAGAACGCUGCCGACAAGUUCUCUUUUGAAAAUUGUAAGUUUCAUAUGGAAAAGGGGAAAGAAGGUACAGGAAGGAUGGUCAUGUGGUCCAUGGGAGUUCAGUACAGUUAUACUAUGGAGGCCUCUAUGGGGGGAUCACAGAUUGGAUCGAGAUCUGGUACUCAUUUUUGUACCCAAGAUUACGAACAAAUUGGUAGAGUUUUCUGUGAAACACUGCUGGAUUUCUUUGACCCAGAUCCUGUUAAGGAGAAACUUCGAAGCAAAAUAAUUGUUAGGUUGAUGAAGGAGGGAUCUAGCGCCGAGGAACCAACGAACAUCGACUUAACCGAUUACUCUAGCGAUGAAGGAGACACAUCGGACAGUUCGGUCUCAGAAAAAGAGGAAACCUUCAUUGAAGGAUCCUGGAGCUGCAACACGCCACCGCCGACUCCCACAUUCUUGCCACUACGAACCUUCGAGAUGGCGAAAAGAAGGAAUAAAAAAGGAAUCAAUACUAAAAGUUAUCUUCGACGCAAAAGGAUGCUGGCCGGAAGAGCAGUCAUGGAUCUACCUACCACGGAUCCAGGUAGUGAUUUGUGUGACUUAACGGACUCAGCGGAUGAAGGUGUAACGAGAACAGAAGAUUCUUCAGCAAGAACUCGUGAAGAUUACAAAAACAGAGAAUCAGAAAGCAACGAGAAGGAUAGGGUUACCGAUAGUUUGAGCCUACCGGAAAUAGUAAGACCCAGAAGUGUUUCGUUGGACGAGAAUUUAUAUGUGAACAAGAAAGAAUCAAAAACCAAUAAACGGUCGCAUUGUCUUCACUUAAUCAGAGCGUUUAGACAUCAGACGCCUGUGCAAUUUAACAAUCAAGACAUACAAAUUAAGCUCAGCUCGCUACGACAACAAAUAUGGAUGGGAGUUCCAUUGAACGUCGCAGAAAAUAUUGAAAAAAGGAUCGAUCAUUCAUUUGCAAAGGCACCAUUGAGUUGGGGAGUUUCCAAUAUGGCGUCGACACGAGAUAAAAUCAACAACGACGUGUUACUUAAAUCUUGCAGGAAAAAAUUGCAGUCCCUAGAAUACAUUACUAUAGACGACGAUACUAAAAACGCAGAGGGUAAAUGUAAAAAGGAAGAGAUAGCAUUGAGCGACGCUAGUCCAGAAGAUGAGCAUCAACGUCCUACUAGUGACCGGAAAUCAAGAAAGAAAAAAUCUCGUCAAAAAUGGCAGAAGAUAGUGAAUUUGAAUUCUAAAGUUGAAGAAACCAAUCGUAGAAAAACGUCUUUUUUAACAAUUAAAACUGAUUCCUUGAAAUUAGUCACCCUGGAAAUCCCAUCUAAAACGCAAACACGACAGCACAAGAUCGAUACGAGGAGAAAGCAUCGAAAAAAUCCUGCUCCCUGUUCAAUUUCGAACGGUGGAAAAACUUCGAAUGUUACCAAGUCUCAGAUAAAGUCACAUACUCGAGGUCAAGUACAAUUGCAACCAUUAAUCGUUCCUUUAUGUGACAGUUCUUCUGACGACUCCAUUGACUCUCGUAGGCAAAGAAUCUCGAAAAAAAAGCAAAAGAAAAAGAAACAAGUGAAGAAAAUUAAAAAAAAUGUGUCCAUAUAAAGCCCAAUCGGCAAUUUGUAUAAUAUUUGUAUUCAAAAUAUGUUCAUUAGAGAUAGUGUUUUUAAACGCGACUGUACUAUAUCUCGUUGAAUUAAGGACUGCAAUUUUGUUACAUAAUAAAGAUAUAACGGGGCGCGUACUAAUCAACUAAGAAAUAAUUUACCAACGUAAUUACAAUUUUUCCUUAAUACAAAUAAAAGAAAGAGGAAAAUUUAUAUUUUUUGUGUUUAGGUAAAUCAACCGUGCUUUGAGUGACAUGCGCGACAGCUAUAGCGUUUCCUCCACGUGCUUUUCACCAAAUAUUGACAUAAAUAAUAAUAAAU